AUCAGACAUUCAGACUAGACUACUACUACAACCACAAUGCCCGACAAUAAUGCCAAAACGGAAGAAAAGAAAAGAAACAGCAAUGCCCAACUCGAGCUAGUCUUGUUACUAUCUUAUACUAGCUACUUCAGAAGUUUUCAGGCUCAUCCGAGUAAGAAGAGAUCGGUGAUGGGUUAUAAGUGUAGUAGCUGCCUGCAGGCGGUGGUGCUGUGGCAGUUGCUCCUGCCGUGGACGCACAUUGCGGUGGCGGCUGGCGCGAAGAGCUCGUCGCCGGCGGGGAAGCCGAAGGCCGCGGCGCCGCCGGUGGUGGCCGGGCCGGUGUCCAAGGUGGAGGACGCCACCAGGUUCCAGAUAUACUACGGCCAGAGCUUCAAAGUCGUCAAGAACAACUGGAACGGCAAGAGCUACCUUCUAAUGCAGAACACAUCCAAGAUGGCCACCAAGACCAAGUAUUGCACGGGGAGGAUUAAGUCGUUCGUUAUCCCUCUUGCCAAUUACUCCGUCGACACCACGGCUUCUCCAGUGUCAUUCUUCGAGCUACUUGGAGUAUUACAAAACUUGAAGGGGAUAACAUCUGAUCAAAUUGCCUCCCAGUGUGUGCUCCAAUCAUAUGCAAGUGGAAAUGUCCAGCUUUUUAACAAGACCGAUGCACAGAUGCUCACACAAUUUAGUGCACAUUUCUUGAGCACUACAGAUGAAGGCUGCAAUUUCGCAGCUUAUGUACCCUCUGAAGAGGGGACACCAUUGCAAAGGGCUGAGUGGAUCAAGUACUUGGGAGCUUUCACAAAUUCAGAAGAUAGGGCUAACACAGUUUAUGACGCAAUAAAGGCAAACUACUUAUGCUUAAGCAAAGCAGCUGCGAAUCUUAGCACAAGAUUCAAACCUAUAGUGGCAUGGAUUGAAUUCACACAGGGUAUGUGGACAUUUGUUAGUGAUGGUUGGAUUGUACAGGUAAUGUCAUUUGUUUAUUGCAGCACUUUGAACAUAAAACUGUCAACUAAACAAAUGAAAUGGAGACAACUCAUGCGCAUUUGGUAUUUAUGCCAUAAGCAGUAUGUCACAGAUGCAGGAGCAGAGGUUGUUGAUGCAACUAUUACUAAUAAGAGAUUCAACAAUUCUGAUCCAGAGGAUAUGGAUAACUUCCAUGCUAUUCUUUGUACAGUUGAUGUGGUCAUAGAUCAGACAUAUGCUUCAGAUCCUGCAGAGUACAAACUAUCCACAUUCUUGGAGAGCAUUAAUGUGGACCGUGACUCUUGUUUUAGUUUUGUAGCCAACCGUAGCAUAUGGAGAUUUGAUAAAAGAAUAGGAUAUUCGAAGAAACUUGAUUGGUUCGAUGGAGCUAUCUCCCAGCCCCAGUUGGUUCUUGCUGAUCUAAUAGAAAUUUUCUUUCCAACGGGGAAUUACACAACAAUUUACUUCAGGAAUCUAAUGAAGGAUGAAGGGGUCACUGAAGUUGUCCCCGAAAUGUGUAGUAGAAGCAUAUCAACACCCAUGGAGCCAACAAUCUUGCCCUGCCAGUGAUGACCUUAGAUGAAUAUGAAGACAGAGGACCUUACAGCUACUGUACCCACAAAACUAUGGCAAUUAACCACUGAGACCAUUACAGGUUGCCGAUAAAGUGAUUUGAAGUUUUAAACAAAGCAGACUAGAUUGCAUAUUUGAGAAAGAAUCAUGGUGACAAAGGACAAUGAUGUCUAAGGAAUACUAUGUAUCUAUCUCAUCAUUUGACAAUGAAAGAAUUGUUCUCAAUAUAUGAUAUUUCAAUA